AUGACAUCAGAAAUAAUUCGAUUCAGUUGGUCUAAAGCCCAUGCAUAUAGACACUUGGCCUAUAAACAGACUGAUGCCAACUCAAUUAGUUCUUCCAACUUCCAAGUUCGUGGGCAAGACACCUUCCUACCAGGGAACCACAUCCUGAAACUUGGAUUCCGAGAGCUUCAGACAUGCCUCCCAAAUCUUGUUUUUGAAUUCUCUUCGGCACCUUCAAAUACCCUCCCAGUUCGUUCCAAGAAACAUGAAUCAGAAUUAUUCAAGCAUCUCUCACUCGAUACUUCCAUGGAGGCCAAAACCCAACUCUUUUUUUCCACCCUCUUGCUCCACUUUGUUUCCCUCCAUGCUCAGAGUCUCCAGACUUACAUAAUUCAACUCCACCCUCAAGCCAUAACCAGCUCUUCCUUUUCCUCUAAGCUUCAAUGGCACCUCUCAUUUCUUGAAAGAACUAUUUCCCCUGAAGAUGAUCCGUCUUCUCGCAUGUUAUACUCAUACCUUUCAGCUAUGGAAGGUUUUGCAGCUCAGCUAUCUGAAACUGAGCUUCAAGUUCUACAAAAGUCACGAGAUGUGAUAGCAAUAAGGCCUGACCGGAAGCUCGAAAUUCACACUACAUACUCUUACAAGUUCUUGGGACUGAACACUGCUGUAAAGGGUGCUUGGUUCAAGUCCGGGUUUGGUCGAGGAGCAAUAAUUGGGGUACUUGACACAGGAGUUUGGCCAGAGAGUCCAAGCUUUGAGGAUCAUGGGAUGCCCCCGGUGCCCCAGAAAUGGAGAGGGAUUUGUGAAGAAGGGCAAGGCUUCAAUUCUUCAAAUUGUAACAGGAAAGUCAUUGGUGCCAGGUUCUUCAGCAAAGGCCAUCACGUGGCUUCAAUGUCAACAUCAUUAGGUAUUGUUCAGGAAUAUGUGUCGCCACGGGAUUCCACCGGACAUGGGACCCAUACCGCCUCCACUGCUGCUGGUGUUCCAGUUCCAAUGGCCAGUGUGUUCAGUAAUGGAGCUGGUGAGGCUCGGGGGAUGGCGCCUUAUGCCCACAUUGCCAUUUACAAGGUUUGUUGGUUCAAUGGUUGCUACAGCUCUGAUAUUCUGGCUGCAAUGGAUGUUGCCAUCAGAGAUGGAGUUGAUGUCCUCUCAUUGUCUCUAGGUGGCUUCCCAAUACCACUUUACGAGGACAGCAUUGCCAUUGGUAGUUUUCGAGCAAUGGAGCACGGAAUAUCAGUCAUAUGUGCUGCUGGAAACAAUGGUCCAAUUCCAAGCUCGGUUGCCAAUCAGGCUCCUUGGAUUGCAACGGUUGGUGCUAGCACACUUGAUCGAAGAUUUCCUGCAAUAGUACAACUGGGAAAUGGAAAAUACCUUUACGGAGAAUCCUUGUAUCCAGGAAACCAUGUUUCUGGUGCAGUGAAAGAGCUUGAGCUGGUUUAUCUAACUGGAGGGGAUAGGGGAAGUGAAUACUGUUUCAGAGGGUCUCUUCCACGGGCAAAAGUUCGUGGAAGAAUGAUAGUUUGUGACCGAGGUGUCAAUGGGAGGGCAGAAAAAGGCCAGGUUGUGAAGGAAGCUGGUGGUGCUGCAAUGAUUCUAGCAAAUACAGAUAUAAAUUUGGAGGAAGAUUCUGUUGAUGCUCAUGUCCUGCCAGCAACAUUGGUUGGCUUCAAGGAAUCAAUUCAGCUGAAGAGUUACAUAAAUUCUACACUGAGGCCUAGAGCCCGAAUCUUAUUCGGGGGAACUGUAAUUGGGAAAUCCAGAGCCCCAGCAGUCGCUCAGUUUUCAUCAAGGGGACCAAGUUUCACUGAUCCUUCAAUUCUCAAGCCAGACGUGAUUGCUCCGGGGGUCAACAUUAUCGCCGCUUGGCCUCAAAACUUGGGACCAACCGGCCUACCAGAAGAUCAUAGGAGGGUGAACUUCACUGUCAUGUCUGGAACUUCCAUGGCUUGUCCCCAUGUUGGUGGGAUUGCUGCACUGAUCCACUCGGCUCAUCCGAAUGGACCCCAGCUGCUAUCAAAUCUGCACUUAUGA